AUGAUGUAUCCUGCUGGCAAUGCUAGCUAUAGUGACUUCGAGCACACAGUGUUAGGGCACAGUAUUGAUUCUGAGAACAUCAACUCACUCUUCUCCAAUUCUCAUAGACAACCUGAAGCUACUACUAGCCAUCAUUCAUCUGACACACUCUCUGGCAGACUUGACCCCAGUGCACCAGCCGCUCAGAUCCAGCUCAACUCCUUCAACAUCCAGGGUCAUCACAUCUCAAUGCAAUGUCCAAAUCAGUCUUCAGGCCAGCUUAACUUCCUCUCAAGUCAUUCACCACUUCCAUCUGGUCCGUCACGGUAUCCAGGUGCAGCCGCCAUGUGGCAAGCACCGAUGUUUGCACCCUUUCCAACCUUUGGCGAAAGUCAUCAAGGCGACGAUUUGCCUCUGCCAAUCUCAUUUGAUCAUCCACUACCAGGUGCUGCUGCCAUGCAGCAAGCACCGAUGUUCACACCCUUUCCAACCUUCAGGGAAAGUCAUCAAGGCGAUGAUUUACCUCGCCCAAUCUCUUUUGAUCAUCCGCUACCAGGUGCUGCCGCCAUGCGGCAAGCACCGAUGUUCAUGUGCCUUCCAACCUUCAAUGAAAACUAUCAAGGCCAUCAUUGGCCUUCAUCAGUCCCAUCUGGUCAUGUGCCUCUGCCAAUCCUCGACGAUUACAAUGGAACUUUGCUUCCACCAUUCAUAGUCCCAUCCCAGGAUCCCAUCUGUUUGAAUGAUUUUGCAUUGCUGCCAUCAACACUUGCCGAUUAUCAGCACAAUUUUCCUGUGUCACUCCUAUCUAUGGAUGGUGUCACUGUGCUACCACCAGCAGCACCAGAUUAUAUAUGA